AUGACAUGGAGGAGCCCGGCGGCCCUGAUCAGGGAGGCCCUGAGAGCUCAGCGGGCUCGGGAGAGAGAACUACGCCACUUGGUCUCAAAUCUUCCCUACGAAGGGCUGGGGAGGGCCAAACAACCCAACCGCUUCUUUGCUGGCAACGCCAUCCAGACCACCAAAUACUCCCCGCUGCUCUUCAUCCCUCAAAACCUUUUUGAGCAGUUCCACCGCACUGCCAACUUCUAUUUUGUGGCGCUAGCCAUUCUGAACUUCGUUCCUGAGGUGAACGCCUUCCAGCCUGAGGUGGCGCUGAUCCCCAUCCUGGUCAUGCUGGCCUUGACUGCCCUGAAGGACGGCUGGGAAGACCUCAGGAGGUACCAGUCCGACAGGAGGCUCAACUACACGCCCUGCUCCCUCUACAGCAGGGUAGAGAGGCGCUUCUUGGCGCGGCAGUGGAAGGACGUGCGAGUGGGAGACUUUGUGAAAGUGGACUGUAAUGAGGUUGUCUGUGCCGACCUCCUGCUCCUGAGCACCUCAGACCCACAUGGGAUCUGUCACAUAGAAACGGCCAACCUGGACGGAGAGACAAACUUAAAGCAGAGGAAGGUGGUGCCUGAACUCUGUGUCUCGGAUCCACAUUUUGAGCCUGAAACCUUCAACGGUGUGGUGGUGUGUGAAAGACCGAGCAGCAAUCUAAACUAUUUCAAGUGUUAUGUAGAGAAACCUGAUAAAGUCCGGACAGGCGCUGGGAUAGAGAGUCUCCUGCUCAGAGGUUGCACAGUCCGAAACACCGAUUAUGCAAUUGGUUUUGUGGUUUAUGCCGGCCAUGAAACCAAGUCCAUGCUCAACAACAAUGGGCCCAGAUACAAGCGAAGCAAAUUAGAGCGGAAGCUAAACCGGGACGUCAUCUUCUGCGUCAUUCUCCUCCUCGCCAUGUGUCUCAUCGGAGCAGUGGGUCACUUCUUGUGGCUUCGGUCGUUGCCUGGCGUGGCCCCUUACCUGGUCCCCGACAGCGGCGGCCACCUGGACAGCCCCACUCUCUCCGCUUUCUACAUGUUUUUCACCAUGAUCAUCCUCCUGCAGAUCCUGAUUCCCAUCUCCCUCUAUAUUUCCAUUGAGUUGGUAAAGGUGGGCCAGAUCUUCUUCAUCGCUAGCGACGUCGAUCUCUACGAUGAGGCCACAGGCAGCCUGGUCCAGUGCAAGGCUCUCAACAUCACUGAAGACCUGGGACAGAUUGAAUACAUCUUCUCGGACAAGACCGGCACUCUGACUGAGAACAAGAUGGUCUUCCGCCGCUGCUCCGUCAUGGGAACAGAAUUUUCACACAAAGAGAACGCCAUUCGCCUUGCAGUCCUUGAUGAGUCAUUGUCUCAAGAUGACGUCAUCUUUCAGAGUCAACGUUCAAUGCCGAGAUUGUCUGUAAAUAUUGAGGAGAGCAUUCAGGAAGGGGCGGAGUAUCAUGGCGGGCAGCGCAGGAGCCAGCGUCCUGGGAACCUCAGUGGCGUGGCCUUCAGUAGUCCACUGGAGAGUGAGGUGAUUCCAGACAGGCAGCUGCUUGAGAGGACCAGCAGAGCAGAGAGCUGCAGCAGCAGCAGAAAGAUGGAUCCGUACCUUGACUUCUUUCUAGGUCUCGCCAUUUGCAACACAGUCAUGGUUUCCAUGGCAACAGCACACAGACAGAGGGUGAAGAAUCAGCGCUGCUCCUUUCAAUCCAGCUCCUCCCUGACAAAUAUUUCCUGGCUGAUGAAAAAGGCCAGCUCUCUGUCUCCAGUCUUCUCUGUGAAGCAAAAGCGCGACCGCACUUUAUCAGACAGCUCUGCAUUAGAGGACGACCAGUUUCCCCCUCCUGUAAAACCAGAAAGAUCUGGAGACAUGAGAGUCACAGACGGGGUCCAAACAUGUUCGCUCCAUGCGCCACCUCAAUCUGACGUGUCAGCAGGGACGCUGAGCGAGAGCCGCUAUGAGGCCGAGAGUCCAGACGAGGCUGCAUUAGUGUUCGCAGCCAAAGCAUAUGGCUUCACUCUCCUGGCCCGCACCCCAGACAGUGUGACAGUGAAGCUCCCGUCUGGGAGCAACCUGGUAUUUGAGGUGAUGGACACGCUGACCUUUGACUCCAACAGGAAGCGGAUGUCUGUCCUUGUGCGACACCCCAUCACCAGAGAGUAUGUGUUGUACACUAAAGGGGCAGACUCUUCUAUCAUGGAACUUCUACGUAAACCAAACGCAGAUCAGAAAGACAUGAUCGCAGCAACUCAGCGGCAUCUCGACUGCUACGCCAAGGAGGGUCUCCGGACGCUUUGCUUCACCAAAAGAGUCAUCAGUGAGCAGGAGUUUGAAAUCUGGACGUCGGAGAGGGAGAAGGCUCGGGCUGCCAUCGAGGGCAGAGAGGAAUUCAUGAUGGAGUCAGCAGUUAAGAUGGAGACACAGCUCACCUUAUUAGGGGCAACUGGCAUUGAAGACCGUCUGCAGGAGGACGUCCCAGAAACCAUCCUAGCUCUGCGAGAGGCAGGGAUCCAGGUCUGGGUGCUGACUGGCGACAAACCGGAGACGGCGGUCAACAUUGGCUACGCCUGCAGACUGUUGCACGAUCAGGACCUGGUCAUUAAUAUGAGCUGCAAAGACAAGCUAUCAUGCACUUCCAUUCUGAACUGCACCCUGGAGGAGAUGAGGAGAUACGCCAGUGACCCUCGUAACGUGGAUACCACCCAAGACACCUCUCUGGUCAUCGACGGCCGCACCCUGACCAUGGUGCUGGGGCCGGACCUGCGAGAGCGCUUCGUGGACUUGGCCCGCCGCUGCCGCUCCGUCCUCUGCUGUCGUGUCACGCCAUUGCAGAAGAGCCAAGUGGUGAAGGUCAUGAGGGAGAAACUGCAGGUCAUGACUCUAGCUAUUGGCGACGGGGCGAAUGACGUCAACAUGAUCCAGGCAGCCGAUGUAGGAAUCGGAAUAAGUGGCCAGGAGGGGAUGCAGGCGGUCAUGGCCAGUGAUUUCGCCAUACCUCGCUUCAAAAACCUUCAGAAGCUUCUCCUGCUUCACGGACACUGGUGCUACACUCGACUCUCCAACAUGAUCAUUUACUUUUUCUACAAGAAUGUGGCUUACGUCAACCUGCUGUUCUGGUACCAGUUCUUCUGCGGCUUCUCCGCUGCUUCGCUGAUCGACUACUGGAUGUUGAUUUUCUUCAACCUCUUCUUCACCUCCGCACCACCCAUCAUGUUUGGCAUCAUGGACCAAGACGUUUCCGCACCGAUGCUGCUGGGAGUCCCGGAGCUGUACCGGACCGGGCAGGGAGAAGGGGUGUACAGAUUUUCAACAUUUUGGGCGUCAAUGCUCGACGCAUUUUACCAGAGUCUGGUCUGUUUCUUCAUCCCAUACCUGGUGUACCAGGACUCUGACAUUGACGUGUUCACCUUCGGAACUCUGCUGAACACAAUCUCUUUAUUCAUCAUUCUGCUGCAUUUGUCGAUCGAGAUCAAAUCCUGGACUGUGAUCCACUGGCUGAUCAUGCUCGGCAGUGUGGCGCUGUACUUCGCUGUGACUGUGCUCUACAGCAGCCUCUGUGUCACCUGCAACCCGCCGAGCAACCCGCACUGGAUCAUGCAGUACCUGUUGGCCGACCCGUUAUUCUACCUCAUCAGCUUCCUCACAACGGUGGUCGCUCUGUUCCCCAGGUACUUGUUUCACGUGCUCAGGAACUCUCUCAGCCCCUCCCCUCUGGUCCAGGCCAGGCACCUGGACCGUCUGGACCCCACAGUCAGAGAGCAGUGGAUGAAGGAGUGGAGGAGUUUCCGAGGUGGAGGGGAGGUCAGACUCCCGGAGCCUUCUACUCCAGAGAUCUUUGCGGAUCCUCGGUCGCCCACCGAUGACUUCUCACUGAAUGUAUUCACUGAUAAUCAGACACCUGCGUAGCAGACUCACAGGCUGCAUGGUGAUAUGCAUGGUUUCACUGGAACUAGUCAGCGAGGAGCUGCUUGACGGGACAGCAUGUGCACCCCUCUGUCACCUCUGA